AUGGCUCGUCUGACCGUCGUGACAAAAAAAGGAUUGUGUGUUUGUUUAAACCUGGAACCAGCUCGAAUCGUCGAUGACACAUCAAGUGAAACUACCCAUAUUCUCACAACCCAUAACACCAAUACUCCUGCUCGGAACUCGCCAACUAUAUUCGAUGAUAGUCUAACCAAUCUCUCCUGGCUACAUGACAUCAAUAUUUUAAAACGAACGAUUCCAACAAUCAAUUCAGGAACUAAUUCGCUUAAUAACAAACGGAAAGAUCAAUGUGUGUCGACUGUACAUUCGUCAUCGAGUGGUGCUUUACAUCCCAAUGAUAUCGAUGAUAAUCAUCAUCAUUCUAACGUUGACGAUGAUCACUGGAAAGUCUACCGAAACAAUCCUCACAUGAAACCGGUUUAUUCUUAUUCUCAAUUGAUUUUGCUAGCAAUGAAAAAUUCAGGUCAUGAAAAAAUGUCAUUAGACAUGAUUUGUGAAUGGCUUGUUGAAAAUUUUCCAUAUAUGAAAAAGAUGGAAGCAACUUGGCAGAACUCCAUUCGAAUUAACUUAUCAGAUAACAAAUAUUUCAUGAAAGUUUCGCGUAAGAAGAAGGAAAGCGGAGAGAAAGGAGCAUUUUAUAAACUCUCGUUGGAUCAGCAACGUCAACUAGUACAAGAACAACCAACUAUCAAACGUUUACGUUCAUCGAAACGGUCGGCGAAACAAUCCAACCAUACGAUUAAAAGUGAAGUUUGGAUUGACUCAGUUCUUCCGUGUAUUGCAAGCAAAAGUUCCACUUCGACUAAUCCACAUGAUCGUACUUACGUACGAAUGCCAAGUAGUUUCCUUUCUCCGAUAUCUUCACCGGAUUCCUUAACGGUCCCACCCUUUCAUCAACAGCAACAACAACAAUCGAAUAGCUCAUCGCCAUCAUCACUAUCAUCAGCCAUCUCGAAACAAAAUUUCAUUCCCACGAAACUCGACGACGCGGAUAUGCUCCUACUCGACUCAGUCACUUUCGAUUGGGAUGCUUAUUUAUGCGAAACACCGAACGAUAUCGAUCUAUCCACAAAAACUGAACAGGACCUUUUCAAUGACUUCAAUGCUGCAUUGACUGAUUUGACAUAUUCAGCGGAGAUAGCAGCAGCCGGUGGUGAUACAAGUGCAUUUGAUGGUUUUGAUUGCUCUUCAAAACACUCCACGUUCUCAUCUCUAUUUGAAGAUGACGAACAAGCUCUCAAAAUCAAAGGUCGAGGCAUCAAACGACCACUAUGGUGGUUGACGAAUGACAACAUCACCUCAAACAAACUACCAUCUUUAGAAGCAGCAUUUGAUCUAAAAUUACCGAAAUAA